AUGGGCAGAGGCCACAGGAGGAGGGGGCCACACGGGCAGCCUGGGGAGUCUGAUGCCGGCGAGAGAGAGCUGGGAGAAGAGAUGGCGCGGAGAGGCGAGCAGGGGGCCCGGCUCGAGCCGGGUCAGGGCGAGGGGCCAGGGCACCCUCGGGGGAGCAGUCGGGGAGCCCCCCAGCCAGGGCGCUGGGUGGAGGCUGAGGGAGGGGCGUCUCCGCACAGAGGAUGGAGGGUUGGGUGCCUGAGGCUGCUCGGGGGCUGGGGGGACACCGGACGGGGGGCUCAGACCCCGGAGCUCAUCCCUCUCAGUUCUGAAGGCCGCAGGCCCGACAUCCAGAGCAGAAAGACAGACCCCUGUGUGUGGGGUCCCUGCACGUGGAUGACUCCGGGCUGGGUGCUUCACCUGUGCCAUCUCAAGGGUGCCCACCCGCCUCUGGGAGGCACAACUGAGCGAUCGGACGGAGGAGGACACCGAGGCUCAGCGGUCCCGUCGCUUGCCGGCGCCAGUGCCCAGGCCGGUCUGAUCCUGAAGCCAGUCCCCACAGCGGCAGCCCUCCCACCCGGGGCCCGGGUGGAGGUGUGGCAUGCAGCCUCGGCAGCAGAGCGGCCAAGUUCUUCUAAGUGA